AUGCAGCGGCCGGGGAUACCGCCGGGCAGGGCGGGAGGCAGCGCUCCGUCCCGCAAAGCCCCGUCUCCUGCAAAGAGAAACGGGACGGAGGGACCCGCGCACGGUGCCCACGGCAGCCCGCAUCCCGGGGGGGCCGCCCCGACGGCCCGGGCACCGCGGCACGGGGAGAGCAGAGGGGGAAAGAAUGCAGCGUCUCCUCCUGAGCACUUUGUCCUUAUUAGCAAAGAGGGGGUCAACGUCAGCAAUCCUGCAGCCCCCAGCCUCGGCUUUGACUCUGGGGGAAACUUCACCCGGAGCCAAGAACUGCACCAAGUACCGGGGAGCAAGGGCACCUCUAUCACACGCACCACCACCAGCACCGCAGCACCGCGCACCCCAGGACAUGGCACCUCCAGGGCAGCAGCGGUGGGACCAGGGGUGGCCCCCGAGCUGGGUGUGCAGGAGGCAGCAGGCAUCGGCACACACCGGGUCCUGGCCAUGGACAUCACGCUGGCACCCAGAGACCCCCAGGCACCUGGGCAGUUUGGGCAUCCGGUGGCAGUCCCUGAUGACAAACAAGAAGAAGCCAAAAGUCGAUGGAAGGAAGGAAACUUUAAUGUCUUCCUCAGCGAUUUGAUCCCAGUGGACCGAGCCAUAGCAGACACCAGGCCUGCUGGGUGCUUGGAGCAGCAGGUUCACGACGACCUGCCGACCACCACCAUCAUCAUGUGCUUCGUGGAUGAGGUGUGGUCCACACUGCUGCGCUCGGUGCACAGCGUGCUCAGCCGCUCCCCCCCACAUCUGCUCCAGGAGCUCAUCUUGGUGGAUGACUUCAGCACAAAAGACUACCUCAAGGAGAAGCUGGAUGCAUACAUGUCGCAGUUCCCAAAGGUGAAAGUCCUGCACCUCAGAGAAAGGCACGGUCUCAUUCGGGCCCGGCUGGCGGGCGCACAGAUGGCCACAGGCACCGUGCUGACCUUCCUGGACUCACAUGUGGAGUGCAAUGUGGGCUGGCUGGAGCCACUGCUGGAGCGUGUCCGCCUGCACCGUGCCAGGGUGGCCUGUCCUGUCAUCGAGGUGAUCAGCGACAAGGACAUGAGCUACAUGACUGUGGAUAACUUUCAGCGUGGGAUUUUUACUUGGCCGAUGAAUUUUGGAUGGAAGCAGAUUCCACAAGAAGUCAUUGAGAAAAACAAACUCAAGGAAACUGAUAUAAUAAGGUGCCCAGUAAUGGCAGGGGGCUUGUUCUCCGUUGAAAAGAAGUACUUCUUUGAGCUGGGAACGUAUGACUCAGGACUGGAUGUCUGGGGAGGUGAAAACAUGGAGCUUUCGUUCAAGGUCUGGAUGUGCGGAGGAGAAAUUGAGAUCGUCCCGUGCUCCAGAGUCGGGCACAUCUUCAGGAACGACAACCCCUACUCGUUCCCGAAGGAUCGGGUGAGAACCGUGGAGAGGAACCUGGCGCGCGUGGCUGAGGUCUGGCUGGACGGCUACAAGGAGCUGUUCUAUGGCCAUGCGUACCACCUGCUGCAGCGGCGCGCGGAGCUGGGCGACCUGAGCCAGCAAAAGGCGCUGCGGGAGCGGCUGCGGUGCCGCAGCUUCCGCUGGUACCUGGAGAACGUGUACCCAGACCUGGCGGCUCCCCUGGUGAAGGCCGGCGGGCUGCUUGUGAACGUAGCCACGGCGCGCUGCAUCGCCGCACAGAACACCUCUCUGGCUCUGCAGGCGUGUGAUGUUAACAACAAGGCGCAGCACUUCAACUACACGUGGCUGCGGCUGCUGCGGCACGGAGAGCUGUGCGUGGUGCCCAUGGGUGCUGCGCCGGGACUGCGGCCGUGUGGGGGCUGGGAGAGCGACCUGGCCUGGAGGCACAGCUCCAUGGCAGCGCGCCCUGAGCUGGCUGAGCACCUUGUGGUGCAGCACCAGCAUCCACCUACCUGCCUGCUGGUGCACCCGGUGCUGCUGGCCCUGAGGCUGGGCGCAUGCAGUGCCACCAACCGCUACCAGCAGUGGAGGUUUGGCAACUACCACGUGGCAUGAUGGAGCACUGGGCCACUGCAAGACAUCCAGCAGCAGUGACAGAGCUGGGAGUUCUUUCCAAGCCGGAAUUGAACCAGCCCAGAGGGAACUCGGAGUACCCUGUGUAGCACAGCUGGCUUAAGGACAUUGGAAAUGCGGUUUUCCUUCAACUGUGAGGCAAAAACCCACAUCGUUUUCUGUGUUAUUAAAUGGAAAUAUUUUCUGAAGUCCUCUGUCCUCUCAUAAGCUGACCUUCUGUAAGAUCCCCAGAAGCAGCACGUGCUGACAGGAAUACCUCUGGGCUCCCUGCUCUGCGUGCAGCCAGCAGGGCGCUGUGGGGUGGCUUCGACACUGCAGCUGCACAUUGCUGUCCAGCAUUUACAGGCUGCUGCAGACCAGCUCACACUUCUCCUCUGAGUUCAAGAGGCACAGCAUAAUGUUACCCUUCACGUUGAGGAUCAGUGCUGACAGCACUUGACAGCCUGCGUCUGCCAAACCAUUGACUGCCCUAACAGAUUUCCACAAUUGGCUCCUGCUCCAUAUGUCUUCCUGAUUUUAUCUCCCCCCUUUGGUGCUGCUCGCCUGCAGUCACUAUCAGAAAAAUUGCACAGAUGUUGUUUGUGCAGUCAUGUUGUAUCAGGAGCAUGAAUUUCAUUAAAUGCUGUUUGCUGACAUUCAAUCAUUUGUCACUGAACAGU